AUUUCCAGGUCGGUCUCAGCUGAGGUUAGAUUGUGCUGAAUAUUAUCUCGCCUGUCCUCUUACCGUUAUAAUAUUCAGUUGGAGAACAGGUGCGUGUUGAGAAGUAGGUUGUGUUUCGCUGACCGCAUCGGGCGUUUAAACGAAUGGGAGAAUUCAUGAAGGCUGCUCAUGUUCGCCGGUUUACUGCAGUCCAACUAGGGACAAAUCGUAUCAAGGAGUCCAAACAGGUACCACGAGAAGGUUUACUGGACGGACAGUAUCACGCUGGAUCGUGGACCACUCUGCACUGAGAUGGACUGUGACUUAAGUGUCGUUUUGAGGCGUUGAGCGUUUGCUGGAGCAAUUCACCCCGUUUCAUUCAGCCACUAAUUGUACUGUUGCCCAUCUCGGGUCAUGUUGUCUGCGUUCAACACGUUGCCUGAGAGCGAGGCUGGAACAGGUCACUGGUUCACCCCAUCCGUGAUUUAGGAUGACGCCUCGUAGUCAAUCCUCAUCAGUUUCUCACCCCGUCUCCAGAGUUCAAACACCUCCACAGCAGACUGAGUGUUCCUGAGCGCUCACUGCGCCCCUCCCUGUUUGGCUGCCUGGCCAACAUCUCGGGGAGGUGAUGCGACGGUUUGUUUACUGCAAGGUGGUGUUGACCACCUCUCUAGUGUGGGUGCUGGUGGAUGUGUUCUUGCUGCUCUACUUCAGCGAGUGUAACAAAUGUGAUGACAGGAAAGACCGCUCGCUGCUCCCUGCCCUCAGAGCGGUGAUAUCUCGGAGCCACGAGGGUCCAGGGGAGAUGGGCAAGGCAGUGAACAUCCCCAAGGACGAUCAGGAGAAGAUGAGGGAGCUCUUUAAAAUAAACCAGUUCAAUCUGAUGGCCAGUGACAUAAUUGCACUCAACAGGAGUCUGCCUGAUGUGAGGUUGGAUGGCUGUAAGACCAAAGUCUACCCAGAUGACUUGCCCAACACCAGCAUUGUCAUCGUAUUUCACAACGAGGCGUGGAGCACCCUGUUGCGGACUGUUCACAGUGUCAUCAACCGCUCCCCGAGACACUUGCUUGUGGAGAUCGUGCUAGUUGAUGACGCCAGUGAGCGAGACUUCCUGAAGAAGAAGCUGGAGAACUAUGUGCGAACUCUGGAGGUGCCAGUGAGGAUCCUGAGGAUGGAGCAGCGGUCGGGUCUAAUAAGAGCCAGGUUGAGGGGGGCAGCUGCCACCAAAGGUCAGGUCAUCACCUUCUUGGACGCUCACUGCGAGUGUACAGUCGGCUGGCUGGAGCCCCUGCUGGCCCGCAUUAACGAGGACAGGACAGCAGUGGUGUGCCCUAUCAUCGAUGUCAUCAGCGACGAGACGUUUGAAUACAUGGCAGGCUCAGAUAUGACCUACGGUGGAUUCAACUGGAAACUGAAUUUCCGCUGGUACCCUGUUCCCCAGCGGGAGAUGGAUCGACGCAAAGGGGACAGAACACUUCCUGUCAGGACUCCCACCAUGGCAGGAGGAUUGUUCUCUAUAGACAAAGCAUACUUUGAAGAAAUAGGAAGCUAUGAUCCAGGGAUGGAUAUCUGGGGGGGAGAGAACCUGGAAAUGUCUUUCAGAAUCUGGCAGUGUGGUGGCUCUUUGGAAAUUGUAACAUGUUCCCAUGUGGGCCAUGUUUUCCGGAAGGCCACCCCAUACAGCUUCCCUGGAGGAACGGGCCAAGUCAUCAACAAGAACAACAGGCGCCUGGCCGAAGUCUGGAUGGAUGAUUUCAAAGACUUCUUCUAUAUUAUAUCACCAGGUGUGAUGCGGGUGGACUACGGAGACGUCUCUUCCCGUAAAGCCCUCCGUGAGGCCUUGAAGUGCAAACCGUUCUCCUGGUAUCUAGAGAACAUCUACCCAGACUCCCAGAUCCCAAGAAGAUACUACUCACUUGGUGAAAUCAGAAAUGUUGAAACCAACCAGUGUGUGGACAACAUGGGAAGAAAGGAGAACGAGAAAGUUGGCUUUUUCAACUGUCACGGCAUGGGCGGAAACCAGGUGUUCUCAUACACGGCAGAUAAAGAAAUUAGGACAGAUGACCUCUGUCUGGAUGUCUCUCGCCUCAAUGGACCUGUCGUCAUGCUCAAGUGUCACCACAUGAAGGGCAAUCAGAUGUUUGAGUACGAUGCAGAGCGACUCACCCUGCUGCAUGUGAACAGCAACCAGUGUUUGGACAUGCCGUCUGAGGAGGAUAAGAUGGUCCCCACCCUGAGAGACUGCAACGGCAGUCGCUCUCAGCAGUGGCUGCUGCGUAACAUGACCCUGAGCGUCUGAUCCCUCACCACACCCUCCGCCUCCUCCUCCUCCACCACCACCACCACCACCACUACUACCACUCUGUCCUCAUCCUAACCAGUCCUGGUUCUCCACAUCCUCACCAGGUGGCUCUUACCACACACAUCAUACGCCUCCUCAUUUAACAGCCAGGCCAGCGAAUAUGAAAGACCCAGGCAGCAGCUGCUUAUCUACCAUUAUAGAGGCGUCUCCUCUUACCGUUCGCUACAGGUUUGAGAGAUGUUGCACCUGCAGUUCAGACGGCAUGAUGAUGAUGCUGUAGCUUUGGGGACCUCGUCAAAUCCAAGCAGGGAGAACGAUGUGUGAGGUCUGUGCAUGGAGGACACUCAUAUCAAAGCGUUCACACUGUGUUGGACAGAUUCUAGCUGUGCAUCCACUGAGCUGCUCAGACUGCUGCUUAGCUGCUGGACAAACAAUUAAACGGGAGACCACACAUAACAAGAAUAUUGCAACAUACAUCUCUGCAAUUGUGUGCAGUGUAAAUGAACUUGUGCAGUGUGCAUGAGGUGCACUGGUGUCUCCUGUAGGUACACUCUAGACUGCUGCUCAUCCUUUUUCCAUAUCAGUGUCUGAGUUACAUCGAAGUAAUGGGAAAGUGAUACUGUUAAUAGAGCCCGAUCAAUACUGGAUUUGUCAGGCUGACACCAAUAUUGAUUUUUGAGUUGUAAAAAAUCUGUCAGCCAUUUAUCAGCUAAUAUUUUUGUUCUCAAAGUUGAACUGAAAUUUGAAUUGUCAUCACUUUUGGUGAAAGGGAACAAUACAUUACAAUGAUACUGAAGCUACUGCAGUUUUGUCAUUUUUCAAUACAGGAUAAACAUAUUUCUAAUGGUGUCUGAGCUUUAAGCCGCUGGGUGGGCGUUUCACAUGGCAACAGUUGACUGACAACGGAGGGUAAGGUUGCACAAUUAAUCGAAUAUCCAUCGCGAUCACGACUUUGGCUUCUCACAAUGAAAUGAGCCCGAUUGUCUGCGAUAUUGUUGUUUUAAACGCGUGCUCCGCUCAUAAGAAACUUUGCUGCAUGUUAAAAUCAAGCGCUCCUUUUACAGCGCAGCCGCAGGUCCACGUAGAAAGGUAACAGGAAGCAGGUGGGCCAAACGACGGAGCGGAGGUGAAAAGCUCGUGCCUCGAAAUGAGCAUCAACCAAUGUUCGAAAGUGUUUCGGAUUAAGGGAGAGUGAUGUAAGCAUGAACAAAUCAUAUGCAAAGAGUGCAUUAGACUCGUUCAGCCACCUGAAAAAACACCACAAACUGCAGUAACGUAAAUGCACGAAGGCCACGCGAGAUAACGUCACUAACGUUGACUCUUUAUUCAGUGUCCACUGAUCCACCGUAUCCAUCCAGCUCCCCAAGACUGACUGAAGUAUUCAGUGCUGUCGCAGUUCAUUUGGCCAGAGGUAUGUGUCCAGUAACCACCCAGUGAAAGCAGCUCUGUUGUUUUAAUUUUUAGUGAAAAGUUGUUUCAAUUUCACUUAUAUUUUGCUUCCGGGAAAUGAACUGUGAAGGGCCCGUUGUUGAAUAUAAAACAUUAGUUUGUUUUCCACCACUGUUUUCCAGAAACAGAAAGUUAGCAAGCUAGGAUAACUAGCUUCCACAUGAAAAGCUAGUUAGCCUAGUUUGCUAAUGUUCACAAUGACUGUCACUAGAUGUAGCUUUUCAUUUAUGUUAUGUUCCUGCAACUCCCACACCUAUUACACCAAACAAAUUUCCAGAAUCAGCAUUGUUGUAGGUACCAAAGGUUCAUGCCCCCGGAGAACAAUAAUGUAGGGGAUGCUAUCACAGCAGAAAAAUAAAUAAAUCUUAAAUUAGAGUUCUGACCAAAUAAAGGCAGAAGUCACAACACCAAUGAAUCACUGUAUAAUUUCUACAUUUUUAUAUGGAUCCUUUAAAUGCAGUUGCUAACAAAUUGUGAAAAACAUAUUAACUUGGCCAUUUUACAGUUGAAAAAGUGCUUAUUUGUGCUUUCUGGUGGCCGAAUAUGUUUUAGAAGUUAUGUCAAAUUUACAGCAAACAUAUCUUGCCAUAUUUGUACUGCAGUUCUUUGUUUGACAUUGGCCAAUCUAUUGGUCGGGCUCUAGUUGAUAAGGGGGAUUUCUUAAGAUGUUCAGAUAAAAAUAACUAAAUAGAUGCAACUAUGACAUCCUCCCCAUGGAAAAACUAUUUGAGCAAGAAGUUCCAGUACAUAUGGUACAGAUGAAAAUGUGAAGCAGCUUUCUGAAUUGACAGAGUACAUAGUGCACUGUAAGUUUAUUUAUAACAGGCUGUUUGAGUAAGUAAAAGAAAUGGCUGCAGGAAAUGCAGUAGCAAGUAAUCAAAACUCUACUCUGGGUAGACGUGAUUGAUUUUGAAUGAAUGUAAAGGAUUUCCCUAAAUGAUAACGUCUGUAUACAGAAGUAUACUUAGAGCAUACUCUAACUGCACUGUGUUAUCACAGCUGUCUGAGUGUGUCAUUACUAAAAACACACAUCACUGUUAUCAGUUGAUUUCCAACUCUUGUGCUAAGACAUUGCCCACCUCUUUUUACUAUCUUGAGAAAUCAUGAUGUCUUGGAGCUGAAUAGUUACGUGUGCCUUUAGAAAGAUGUUUUUUAUUUGGUUCAUUGGUUUUUAGAUAAUUGAAUUGUUUUGUUGUUGAAAAAAAAAAGUUAAGUCUGUUUUCCUUUGAGGUAAAAAGCUCCUGCAUCUCGAUGUUAAUAACUGUCACGUCUCAUGAAUUUGUCACUGUCAUAUCAAUGCUUGAUCAAACAUUUAGUUAUCCAUUAAUUGCUAAGCAGGUCAAUAUUCAGUAUAUCAGUAUUCACCCAUCACCCAAGGAAAUGUGACAGGUACUUCUCACUACAUUGUUGUCUGGGAUCAGGCAUUAUGAUGUUAACAUGUUUCAUUGUUGUUGUACAUACAGAACCAAUUAUUUUUCUAAGACGCUGUAAAACUUGAACACUCCUCAGAGAAAGACAUUGAAUGAUAAAAAGAUCACGAGGUAUUGCAGUGUUUUAUUUGGAAUCAAGGUAAUAAAAACCAGUGCUUACCUUGGGUUUUGAAAUUGCGGUGUGUUUUGGAAAUCAUCAUCGGUCCCAUGAAACCAAUUCUCACACUACCUAAAGGACCUUAGGCGAGCAUACAUGAGGGAGCAACUAAUGGUGAAAUAGUAUCAAUGCUGCUUGAAUACUGAAUCCUUGCCAAGUGCCUACUUGGCAUUCAGACUAAAAUUCAAUCACCUCUUUCGUAUUACGCACACACAUUUAUUGUUUUUCAUUAUCUUAAAGUGCAUGGUGUUAAAAUAGGAAUGUAAUGUUUCAAUGUACUGGUUGCAAAGUGAUAGUGUUACCUGUUUGUACAUUUUGCCUUUUUUGUAGAAAAAAUAAAACUUGACUGAACAUAGAA